AUGUCUGGGAAGUCAUUUUCUGAAUCAGAAUUUGACUCUGAUUCGAAUGGUGGUAGUCUUGUCGCCAAACGUUGCUUUGGUCCGGAGCUAUGGUUGGGUGAAAAAUUGGCGAGAAGGGUGAAAUCCAAAAAAAUGUCUGGGAAGUCAUUUUCUGAAUCAGAAUUUGACGCUGAUUCGAAUGGUGGUAGUCUUGUCGCCAGCCGUUGCUUUG